GCUGCGCAUAAUGGUCGCCAUGCCUGUUAUCUUUAGCGCCAUUAUCUACACAAGAGAGCGUCAUACACGCCGCCACGCAAGAUAGGAUGAUAUACAUAAACCUUUGUAUUGAUGAAUAACAGCUUCUCAAAUGCAAUAAGCUUUCAUGACAAUGUCUCAACCUGGCCCGCAGCCAGAACUUGGCUUGCCCCCUGGUGUGGACCACGCCGGCGCCACGGGGCCUCGCAGUCCCCACGAAGAGGGGCAAUCAAGUGCCAGUGAAACCGAAUAUCAGCACGCUCUCGAGGUAGUAUUCGAUCCACACAACUCCCAUCGCCGAAAAUCAUCCCUCGUACCGGGCGAUACUCCCGCACAUCUCAUGCAAAGGAGGAAGGAAACUGAGUGCUAUGUGCACGCUUUGCUUGAGGAACAACGAAGAAGUGGAGGGCACGGGCUAGCAGGAUCUGUGCCGACAAGCUCGGGCGGUGAUGCCGCAGUAGAGCCAAAGACUGGCGAUGGCUAUGAAACUCCGCAUGGAGGGCAAGAAGAUCAGAGAGCUUGGCGAGAGCGGCAUGAAGCUAAAGGGCGACAAAUGAAAGCUACAGCCGCUAGUGGCAGGCAGAUGGACAGACAACAGCAAGAAGAACCAGCAGUCCACAGUCGCCUGCUCACAAAAAGACAACUCUCCGAUAUGGCAUGGGGAGUGCGGGAGCUCAGUAAGCGUUUGGGAAGCAUCAAAUUGAAGCUGAAGGUCAAGAGCGUAUUCCUCUUGACGAAGGCGCAUGAUGAGUCUCUUAUUGGAAAUACAAGGGAUGUGGUUAAAUGGUUGUUAAGUCCGGAAAGGGAUGUCAGAUACACGGUAUACGUGGAGCAGAUCCUCCGAGACAACAAGAAGUUUGAUGCCCAGGGGCUGAUUCACGACCUCGAGAGGUCAUAUUCUGGUCAUGGCAAGUCCGAGGGAGAAGUGAAGAAACUGGAUAAAAGGUUGAAAUAUUGGAAUGCCGAAAUGUGUCGUACAAGACCACACACCUUCGACUUCGUUGUUACACUUGGGGGCGACGGAACCGUGUUAUAUGCUAGUUGGCUCUUCCAGCGGAUCGUCCCCCCAGUGCUUAGUUUCGCUCUGGGGAGUCUGGGGUUCUUGACCAAAUUUGAUUACCAAAAUUUCAGAGACACAUUAACGAAUGCUUUCGACAACGGCGUCACCAUAAGUCUUAGGUUAAGAUUUGAGGGAACAGUAAUGAGGAGUCAGAAACGGAAGAAGAUCGCAAUGGGCAACGGGACCGCAGAGGAAGAAGAAGAAGAGGGGGAAGGUAACGAACCCCGGGAUUUGGUAGAAGAGUUGGUAGGAGAAGAGAAGGAGGACGAAAGAACCCACCGUCCAGAUGGAACAUAUGAGAUCUUGAAUGACAUAGUCGUAGACCGCGGCCCAAAUCCAACGAUGACCUCUACGGAGUUAUUUGGUGACGACGAACAUUUUACAUCGAUUCAGGCAGACGGCGUCUGCGUCGCAACACCCACCGGCUCGACUGCUUACAACCUCGCUGCUGGCGGCUCUCUGUGUCAUCCGGAGAAUCCAGUCAUCCUUGUCACAGCUAUCUGUGCUCACACGCUUUCCUUCCGCCCAAUCAUCCUACCUGACACGAUAGUCCUCCGUGUAGGCGUCCCUUACGACGCGAGAACGAGCAGUUGGGCGAGCUUCGACGGUAGGGAAAGAGUUCAAUUGAGACCUGGGGAUUAUGUCACAAUUAGUGCAAGUAUAUACCCUUUUGCAAAUGUUAUGCCCCAGGGAAGAAGAUCCGAGGAUUGGGUUAAUAGCAUCAGUGGGAAACUAGGCUGGAAUACUCGUCAAAGGCAGAAGAGUUACAAGGAGUGGUCCUGAUUUUAUGACGAGCCUUGUUUACGAUAUACUAGAGAUGUUUAAUUACCCAUAACUACUCUAGGAGGGUUUUUACGGGGUCCUGGAGUGCUUGGUAUACUCUUUUCAUUUUC